AUGACCACCCUCCCCCCCGACGGCGGCAUUGCGCCCACCGACACCGUGGGCCAGCAACUAAUCGAGCGAACCCGCAGCCUAGACUCAGCGCGAAGGAAGGCUGCGGCAGAGUUGAUCGACAACGACGGCGAGUUCUGCAGCUUUGUCGACACGAUGCGGGCAACUCAGGGCGACCGCACAGUGCGUCCCGGCGACCUGCACCUCGGCUCGGACCUGCUACGCCUCGCGCUCGCACCUCUGCAUGCGCCGCCGCCGUCGUGGGCCGUCCCGACUAGCGAGAACGAGCUGCUGGACAGCGUCGGCGAGACGGCGCGGCAUUACGUCCGCCAGCUGACCUGGUCGUCAGCCGCCGAGUUUGCCAUCGAAAUGGUGGCUUUUCAGAAGCGCUUCCCUGCAGGUCUCGAAUCGCCUUGCGUCGGUCGCGAGUACCGCGAGCGUUCCGACCUCCACGCCACGGAGCGCGCGCUCAUGGCCACGAUCGCCCCGCUCAUGGGCAACUCGGCUCGUGGGGGGUUCCACCACGAGCCAGACCUCUCCCAGUAUGACAAGGUCGACCUGCCGCCGUUUGACGAUCCCAACGAGCCCGAGACUAUCGACGCUCUUGCCAAGCUCAACACCAAGGUGCAGGAGCACCUCGAGGACUCCAGAGAGUACUGGGAGAGGGCUCGCGGCGUCAAGCCGAUCUCGAAGGCGGCCUUUGACAGCAUGGUCGAUUCCGCUCUUGUCCAUGGUCUCGUUCGCGGUGCUGUCGUCAACGUGCGCCUAGGCAAGCACAUUCCAGAAGAGGCGCGAUACGGCGAGGAUCGACGAUUGGCGUAUUUCGGCGCUCACUGCGGACCUGGACCUGCCAUCAGUCGGAGCAUCAUAUCCUCUCUGGGCGACACGCCCAAGGACGACGUCGAGCGGCACGCUUUUGGAGCCUUCGUCGACCUCUAG